CACCCAAAUUCGCCUUGAUGUUGGUCCUACAUUUGUUAGUGACGAAUGGAGCGAUAAGGAACUGACCGACUACUUGGAUGCACAGCUAAUAAAGUAUCAGUCAGUGGAAAUAACUAUAUUCACGUACAAAACUGAUGAUCCACCGCGGUUUGUACUUGAGAGACUAGAACUUAGGGGUUUCAGAGUUGGGGCCAUGGCUGGAGUUGGUCAGAUAUGUAUUUGGACUCUACACAAGCCAUUCGCGGAAUCAUUUGCAAGAUAA